AUGAUAAUAGCUCUCGAUCCCCUCCUGCGGUAUCGCAUCCGCGAUAGUAGCUCAGCCCAAGCAGUGGAAAGCAUCAACACAUACCAUGGCUCACCGCCGCAGUCACCUUUGCCGCCAGCCGACGGCGAUCCUCCGGCCGGCCUAACGCCGAAGGAAUACGAAUCCCUCCAAUCAACGAUCGAUGCUCACCACCGAUACCAUUUAAGCACCGAUCAAUGCUCCUCCCUGAUCUCGCAACGGAUCCGGGCUCCGACAGCGACCGUCUGGUCUGUGGUUCGCCGAUUCGACCGCCCACAAAUAUACAAACACUUUAUCCGCAGCUGCGCCAUUAUGGAAGGCGGCGAGGUUCGCAUCGGCAGCCUUCGCGAGGUUAGAGUCAUCUCCGUCCUUCCUGCGAGCACCAGCACCAAGCGGCUCGACAUACUCGACAAAGAACAACGAACAGGCAAACGUAACCUCGUCGAAGGAGCGAACAAGAACGAAGGAGCCCUAGAAGCCUCUCGUGCAAUCUUACACCUCGUGCGAAGCAAUGAAGCCGAACAGCAACGACGAUGA